AUGGAACAAAUGCAGAUAUUUAUCAAAGGUCUGAGAAUGCAAUCCAGAAUGCUUAUAGAUGCCUCAGCUAGAGGUACAAAUAGAAAUAAAAAUGAGGAUGAAGUCAGACAACUGGUGGAGAACAUGUGCAUGAAUGAGUAUCGUUCCAAAAGCGACAAGAAGAGAGGUGUGAUCGCAAUUGACACAAACACAGCUCUACUAGCCCAGAUCGAGAUAUUAAACAAAAAUUUACCUGCAAAGUCUUUAGCAGAGGCGAAUGCUAGUAAGUUUCAAGAAGUCAUAUGUGAUUUUUGCCACGGGCCACACGCUAAUGGAAUGUGUUCACCCAAAGCUGAAGAAGUUAAUUAUGCCGGAGGAUAUCAGAAAAAUAACCCUUAUUCCAACAGAUAUAACCCAGGUUGGAAAGAUCACCCUGAUCUGCAGUAG